AUGUCGAUAAAACGACGAGAAAGUGAUCUCUCAGCUGUGCGUCUGGGUAAUGUAGUUCUUCCCGCCAAAGGCAGUGUCGCCGGUAUGUCGUCAUCGGUGUGUGCUGUUGUAUCAGAGGGAGAAGUCGGUGUGUGUGUGUGUUAGCUUCAGUUUAAUAAAGUCCUCCUCUCAGACUCAGUAUUUUUCUAACUUUAUGACCCUGAAGAAAACGUUAGCUCACCGUUAGCCGCGCUGCUAAUGAACUACAGUCUAUCUGUUAGCCGUAAGCUCGAUUAGCGUUAGCUCCUCCACUCUGUGGUGUUGUUAACAGGUUAGCUUAGCAUCAUCGUCAUCAUCUUCAUCAUCAGCUGGAUGAGGACUGACGGAGGAAACUAACAGGUAAAGUGGGGCACGAGCUCAGGUGGAGGUGUCUGUAUUUCCGGGGAAUGACAGGUGUGUGUUUGUGUGUGUGUGUGUGCGUGUGUGUGUGUUAGUUAUCUGAGACACACUGUGGCUUUAAGUAUACGUGUGUGUUAGUGUUCUCAGUGUGUCUCUGCAGAGGUUAGGGAUGUUUGUGUGUGUGUGUUUCAUUGACCUGUCCUUACAGUCUGUGUGUGUGUGUGUGUGUGUGUGUGUGUGUGUGUACAGGUAUGUCGGAGGAGGGGCGUGGUCAAGACCAGGUGUCAGAGUACCUGGUUCAGAACCCUCAUGUGGCUCAGUGGGUGGAGUCUCUGCGUGGUUACUGUGAGACGGGGAAGGCGUGGUCAGCGCGCAGAGAGUUCAUCCUCAGGAACAUGGAGGCGUUUCCUGCCGUGCAGCCCGGACAGGUGAGCCCUCACCUGGACCGCCUCCUGUCUCUGUCCAUGGCGUGGGCCAAUCACGUGUUCCUGGGCUGCAGGUAAGACCAGCUGAUGGUCGAUGACAAUGUAAUGUAACGAUACACCCGACUCCUGAUUCGGUAGGAUUCAUGAGUCUGGGUUGACGAUACGAUUUUCUCACGAUUCUUUUUCACCGAAUUAGUGCGACGAAUGAUGACUGAAGAAGAUUCCUUUAAUUAUUAAUCAGGAACUAAAAAAAGAACAUUUCUAAGGUUAGGGUGUAACUUUAAAACAAAUAGAUAGAGCGAUUCAUUCAGUGAAUAAAGUGAGUAAAUACUUUUGAUUUGAUCAUCUAGAUACACGCCAAUCAAGCCAGUAAGUCAUUUUAUCCGCGCUUGGUGUGAAUCCACGGUAAGAAUGCUUACAAUGUCCUCAGCAUCACGACCCCGAAUUUCCACCGCAUCCGGAACGGCUCUGAGUCAUAACGGUGGCGAUUUUCGAAUCACGAGAACUCACAAGAACCCUCAGAUUCACGUUCAAUCUCAUGAUAACGAGUCGUCUCUCUAAAGACAGACACAUAGACAUAUAAGCAGUAGAUUGUGUCCUUCCAGAGGAGGAAAUCUACUUCUAGACUUCUAGAAUCAGCAUCUCCUCAUCCAUGGUGUCAUCGGGGUGAAAUGACGUCUAAAAACCUUUCACUUGUUCGUCGUUCGUGUUUUAUUUUGAAAAGAAGCCGGAUGUUUUAUUUUGUGUCUGUGCCCGACUUCCUUUCCAGCACGGGUUAAUCUGUGCUGAAUUUAUCCGCCAUGCUCCGGCGUCCGGAAAAAAUAGAACUCUUGUGAUCAGCUGAGGAGUCCGGCGAUCCGCAGAGGAACGGAAAGAAGUCGGUGUAAAUUGACACGUUAACUUGAAUGGUUACGAUCAGCUACGAUCGGAGGAUACGACCUUUUAGGAGACGAUCAGGAUGAAGGUGGAGAUUAGAGGGUUAGACUGUGAGUCGAUUUCACCAGAAGUCUGCGCUAAGGAGCGCGGCUGCCACCGCUGGCUGCUGUUCGGGAUGACAUUCAUUCAAACCCAGACUGAUCUGUGAAUCCUCCAUUUCAAAAUCAUCUGCGGCCGCCGUCAUGUCUCUCGCUCUGUCUGAAUCAGUGACACACGACGCCGACUCACGUCGCGCCGUCCGCUGUUUAGAAAGGACGCUGCGGAUCAUCUUCCAUUUCAGCUGAUUUUGAGUCGUCACACAUUUGUAUCGAUUUGUAACCGUCUGAUGGUGCGUCGUUACAUCCCUGUUUUUAUUUCUAACCUCCGUCGGUGGUGAUGAAGACUUGUGGUCUCUGCUCCUCCUCCUCAGUUACCCUCAGGCUGUGAUGGAGAAGAUCAGAGAGAUGGGGGAAGGGAUCGAAGUCCGUGACGCUCCACAGCAUCAAACCACUAAAGAGCUGUCUCUCAGAGGAAAGAGGAGCGCCCCCUCUGGUAACAGAUGCUAUUACAGUCUUUAUGAUAUCAUGGAGUCUCAGCAGAAGUUUGAAAUGAUCCCAGAGUUUAGGAAUGAACGCUGAUCCUCGUUUAAACAGAGCAGCUAAUCUAACUAAAGUUUUAUCAGGAUAACGACCAAUCAUGUUCAUCAAACACAGACUCGCCUGAGUCCGCCUCCUCACUCAACCUCUGUGUGUCUGCAUUUCCUCCUGCAGAGGGCGACACUGACGCUUCAGUAAAGAGGGCUAAAUGUGCGUCUAACGAGCCUGACAGUCGAGGUUCAGGGCGUGGCGCCCCGUGUCCUGUCAACCAGAAAUCAGGGCCCCUCCCUCAGGCACCGGCAGAGCACCAGCCCUUCUUCAACCGCCUGUAUAAGGCGGUGGCGUGGAAGCUGGUGUCGGCGGGGGGCUUCGGGCCGAACUUGGACCACUGUGAGAUCCUGAGGAGCUGCGUGGAGUCCUGCAAACAGACGCUCACCUGCGUGUUCGUCCCUCUGAAGGACAUCACCGGCCUGCCCGCCGGGCGUGCUCAGAAGGAGGGACACGUUUGCGAGAUCCGCUGUCAGACCGUCUACAUGGGGACGGGUUACGGGCGGGACGAGGCCGCCGCCAAGAACAUGGCGUCCAAAGAGGCGCUGAAAGUGUUUCAGGGCAGGAAGGUGACAGUGAAGAUCUGCAGACGGCGGUACAAAGGACGGGAGGUGGAAGACCUGGUCCUGCUGGACGAACAGCCCCGCAGCCAGGCCCUGCCCCCCGCCCUCAGCUACCCUUUCCAGGAGCAGGAGGACCCCCCCUCGUAG